AUGACUGCUACUAGCAUUCCAGAUAAUCGAGAAACUAUAAUUGAUGUUGAUGAUAAAGAAGCUAAGGCAGAAGAUAAUAGAGAAGCCAAGAAUAAUGAAAAAACUGUGCUUGGAACAGAAUACCCAAUGGUUAUUACAAAAUACGAUUAUAUAAAUAACAUUGAUAUUCCAAACAUGGAGAUUUGUUCUUCAGGUUUCUUUGAAAUAUUACGCUGUGAUACCAAAUUUAAUAAUCAAACCGAGAUCCAAAAUGGAUGCCAAAAAUACAUUUCUAGUCCUAACGUCACUGAGGGCGGUGGUGAUCGGAAACGUUGUCAUACCUUUAAAGCCAACAAAGACAUACAGUAUAUACUUGGAAAUCCCAAUGGUUUGAAAAAAUUGAAAUUUUAUUACAAGAUCGAUAAUGCAACGGAUGCUGUGAGAGAAAAUAUUGGUGUACCUUUAAUUAAUAUAAGGAUUUUUUCACCUGACUUACUGGAUGUCAGUGAGAUGGAUAAAGCUGUUCGAUCAAGACUUGACCUUGACUGGAACUUUAUACCUGGAAUAAUAGGACACGUUUCAUUGAUCAAGUUUAAGACAAGUAUAUAUAAAAGUAUACCACCUCGGGAUGUUUCUGCCAUCAUUGGACUUGGGCCCAACUAUGCAAUUACUCGGAGAUAUGAUUGCAUAGUCAAUUAUUUUCCCUUUGACCAGAAUCCACCACCUAUGCCAGAUGGAACCAAUGGUUAUUUUUCAGUUGCUGCUGGGGAUUUUGUACAAGAAGAAAUUUCUGAAAAGCGCACAACCACUAUUCUAAGUACCAUUGCAUCAGCUGGUGGUGCCUUUGGUGUCAUUGGCGCCAUUCUUGUGUGUUUAUUUGGAUCCAGAAUUUUGGAUCCAUGGGGUAUUGCAAGAAAAAUUGCAGUGAAUCCAUGGUAUUUGAAAGAUAUUUUGGUAGAUUUUGGAUAUAAAAUGAUAGGAAAACAACCAAAAAGUAGUACAGACAUUUUAAAUGAUGAACAGUUAAAUGCUGCAAUUCCAAGAAAAUUCUUGGAUACUUCAUUUCUUUCAAAUUCUUGA